CCCAACUUGAUUACUCGAGACACCUUUAUACAGCCUCCCCUCUAUAUCAGAGCUUCCCGUCUAGUCUAAACCUCGACACCCUUCACAUUCCUGGCGUAUAUAGGCCAUACUCCUAUACACACGCUAUUAUGGACUACACCCAAGGAGUAUUAUGCGACACUUGCAUAUCAGUGCUCAAGACAGAUAAAAAGCAAGCGAAGCAUCAUCAAAGCUACGACAACUUGGUGACGAGUAAAAACCUAGGCUGUAUGAUCUGCACCUGGAUCUGGUCGAGGAACCCGCGCCGGCAGAUUGGAGAGACCAGUGCAGAGAGCUUCGGAGAACGGUUUACAAUCGCAUUUUCAAGAACAGGCCUCAACCUUGUAACUUUUCAAAUUGAGAGUUCAUUAGUCGCCAGUUAUCAAAUUUCAGUCUGCCUGCGUUCCCAGCGUUCCCUGAAUGCCCCGUCUUCCGAUAGCAAAGGCCAAGGAAACUCCAUCGCACAAAGGCCUAUUGCGACUCAGCCCCUGCCCAAGCUCAGCUAUUACAUGGAGCCUUACAAGCUUUGUGCAACUGUCGGCCGCUGGAUAUCAACCUGUCAAGAAAGUCACGACUCCUGCAAGGUACAUCGCGACCCCGAGGAUGCUGCCCGAAACGUCCGAAACGCCCUAGAUGCUCUUAAAGUUACCUUAAAUGCCUACAAGGAUACUUUAAACACCCCUACAGAGAUGUUAUUUUCCUUUGGACGCUUCUUAGAGGGCUGUAGGUCGGGAAAGUUUGAGACAGCAGAGUUCAUAGAUACCUUCAAGAGCUGCAAAGCCACUUUGGACGCCUUUAAAACUGACCUCGGCACACCCCAAGCUACUUUAGACGCCUCUCAAGCUACCUUCAACGCCUUCGAAACCAUCCUAAACGCCGAUUACUAUUUUCCGAGUCGAAUCCUGUAUCUGACACGAAAGCAUUCGGGUCAUGAAGACUGGGUCAUCUUAAGGGAUGGGAUAGACGCCAGAUGUGGAUUUGGUUACGCUCUAAAAGGGCUUCCCUUCAAUAAAACACGUUAUGAUGAAUAUUGGACACUCUCCCAUCGCUGGGGAGACCCAGGUAGAAUCAAAAAGCUCUGCAAAGAAACAGAAAAUGAACUUCGGAGUGGCAUCCCUUUGAGCAGACUAUCGCCUACUUUUCGGGACGCGGCUAUUCUUGUCCGCAACCAAGGUUAUAGAUACCUCUGGAUCGACUCACUAUGUAUUUACCAAGAUUCACAUAGCGAUUGGCAGCGAGAAGCCGGUAGCAUGGCCAAUAUUUAUCGUCACUCAUUUUGCAACAUUUCGGCGAUCUCCCCAUCGUUUGACCCAUCAUUAGAUAGGGGUCUAUUUCACGACAGAAUGGACGACGUUAAGUCUUUAUAUCCAUUUAUAAUUAAAAUGGACCUGGGACCUUCAUGGGAAAACGGACCUUGGGUCGCUUGGAACGCCUCCAUAUGGGCCGACGAAAUCGAGAGCGCACCCCUUCAUACUCGAGGCUGGGUGGUGCAAGAGAGGUUCCUAACUAAUCGUAUCAUUCACUUUACACGAAACCAGAUAUAUUGGGAAUGCUUGCAAUGCGCCAAUUGCGAGACCAAUAUUAUGUCUGGCCUAUUCGAUGCUAACGCAUUGAAUCCUGUGGCCCAUCCUGGAGUUGGGCUUCGGUGACGUCCGAAGUUCCUGGCACUUGUGUCCGAUUAUGUAUUCCCAAAUGGGGUACGCGCGCAGUACCGCUGAUGAGGCUGGUUGAUGAGAGAAUUGUGACAGAACCUCCUGGUGGAGACACCACUGGCCUCCUUCGAUCCGCUGAACUUGACAUCGAAUGCCACCUCUCAUAUUUCCGAUGGAUAAAGCAUCAAAAGUCUCUCGAAGUAUAUACCGACGGAACUAAGACACAGCUACGUGGCAGCUUUACGCCAGACAAUGACCAAGUCGUAUUCUUCGAUGUAUUAGAUCAGGCAGAGAAACCGGAAGAAUAUGUCGAGGGUACUUGCAUCCCAGUAUGUAAAACGGAUCAUAACGGUACACGAUUAUUGUAUUGGCUCCUUAUAUUGGCUGCGGUGGAUGGUAAGUAUCGAAGAACUGGCCUCUUGGAGUGUCAAUUUCAUGAAUCGAACUCUGAGGCCAUUGGUUCUUUAACAGACGGAAAGAAGACUUGGUGGGAUGAUUGGGAUAUCAAUAAGUGGGACGCAUCACGCUGAAAUAGGCAUCCUAACAUUCAUUUGUAUACUACCUAGGUACGGGAGGGAUUCAAAGGGGGUUCACAUUCAGAAAGGGGGCUACGGUUAGAUUUCACAACAUGUAACCAGUUUCGAUUUCUCAAUUAUAGCAACUCGUAAGAACAUUGGAAUGGAUACCAUGACUGUU